UGAAUAAAGUUCGCAGUACUGUAAUGAAAUAUUUCCAGGCUCCGGUAUCAUUGCCGAAUGGCCUUGCACGUUUUUUCAGUAAUUUCAUAAUUAUAAUGAUACAAAAAUGUACAUAAACAUUUGACAUCUGCGUUGAAAAAGAACGAAGUAGUUGAUUUCUACAAUGGACUCCAAAUAUACGUCGAUGGGCAAGCAGAAUGGAGGCAAAGUUGAUAACUUUAAGAGAAAAACCUUUAUGGAAAACUUAAAUGUUAAAAAGAAAAAAUCCUGUAAUACAGAAAAUAAACCUUUAGUUUCUAAUGGUUGCAAGCCUCAAAAUGGAAUUCAGAAAUCUCCAGUGAAACAAGUUGUUGUAGAAAACCUAUUGGAAGCAAGAAAGCGUUUGCCUGUGUAUUCAGUUAGGGGCAGACUAUUGGAAGAAAUUAAGAAAAAUGAUACAAUGAUAUUGAUUGGUGAAACUGGCAGUGGGAAAACAACUCAAAUACCUCAGCUGAUUCAUGAACAGCGUUUAGAAGGAGCCGGAUGCAUUGCUGUGACACAACCACGAAGAGUUGCCGCCAUCACUAUUGCAAUCAGGGUUGCUGCUGAAAUGAGCACAAAUAUUGGGAAUAUUGUAGGGUAUUCAGUUAGAUUUGAGGACAUGACUAGCCCUAGAACCAAACUAAAAUACUUGACAGAUGGUAUGUUGCUCAGGGAAGCCAUAGUUGAUCCUCUGCUGAAGAAGUAUUCCAUUGUGGUGCUAGAUGAGGCCCAUGAACGCACAGUUAGUACUGAUGUGCUCUUUGGCAUUGUUAAACUGGCGCAAAAUGAAAGACUAGAAAAGAAACUAAAUCCUCUUAAGGUUAUUGUGAUGUCCGCAACAAUGGACGUAGACACCUUCAGAACAUACUUCAACAACUGCCCAGUGAUAUAUUUAGAAGGCCGGACGCACCCCGUUACUAUCUAUCACUCAAAGAUGAAACAGGAGGAUUAUCAAUAUGCUGCAGUGUGCACACUGUUCGAACUUCAUAGAACUAUGCCAGCAAACAAUGAUUUUCUGGUGUUUUUGACGGGACAAGAAGAAAUUGAAACAGUCAUGUACAACAUAAAGCAAAUAGCUAAAGAAGCCCCCGGCCCUCCUUUAUUAGUAUGUCCCCUAUAUGCCGGACUCCCUGCUGCCAAGCAAUUGCAGGUGUGGAAGCAGACACCGGCCGGGAUGAGGAAAGUUGUUCUAGCUACUAAUAUCGCAGAGGCUUCUGUCACUAUCCCACAAAUAAAAUGUGUUAUUGAUACAGGAGUAGUAAAGGAAAGGACUUGGUGCACAACGACCGGGGCGGAGCGCCUGCGAGUCCGCGCGUGCGCGCAAGCGUCGGCUUGGCAGCGCGCCGGCCGCGCGGGCCGCACCGCCGCCGGCGCAGCCUACCGCCUAUUCACCGCCAAGGACUUCGCGGCCCGACCAGCGCACAGUACCCCUGAGAUUGUCAGAUGUCCACUGGCGCCUACGAUAUUGUUGUUGAUCGCAGCAGGCAUUGAACCCAGCACGUUCCCACUUAUAGAUACACCGCCGAUUGACUCUAUCAAUGCCUCAUUAACAUUAUUAAAAGAACUAGGUGCUAUUGAUAAUGAGGCUAGUCCAAAGUUGACUGUUCUUGGGAAAAAAAUGGCAUCUUUCCCAAUUGAUCCCAAAUACGCUAAAGUACUUCUCAGUGCGCCAGAAUUCGACUGUCUUGACGAGGCGUUAAGUUUAGUGGCGAUGUUGUCGAGCGAAAACAUAUUUCACACGCCAAUGCACAAAAGGGAAGAAGCGCUAAAAGUCAAGCAAAAAUUCAUCUCUCCUUUGGGUGAUCACAUGACCCUUUUAAACGUUUAUAAAGCAUUUUGCAAAGCGCCAUUGAAAAAGCAAUGGUGUAAAGAAAACUAUUUAAAUCACAAGAACCUGGUGUACGCCAGUGAGGUACGACAACAACUGCUAGCAAUUUGUCAGCGAUUGAACCUGUCCGUCGCAAGUUGUGGCAACGCCACUGAUCAGCUCCUAAAAUGUCUGGUGAGCGGUCUAUUCACAAACUGCGCGUGGAUCCGCGGCGGGUCGGUAGGGGCGGCGCGCUACGUGACGGCGGGCGGCGCGGCGGCGGCGCUGCACCCGGCGGGCGCGCUGCACGCCGCGCGCCCGCCGCCGCCGGCCGUGCUCUACACGGAGCUGCUGCACACCCGCCGCGCGUACCUCGUCACCGUGUCCGCUAUACAGGCGCAGUGGCUGCACCAGCUCGCCCCCGACUACGCCCGCCGCUGCCGCGCGGGCCGGUGACGCAGGCCUAGCGACCGGGGAUAGUGCGAGUGAGUGCAUGUGACGAUUAAUCGCUCGACCUUGGACCUGCGACUGGAGCCCUA